GAUUCUGAUGAUGAAUUAAAUGGUUCUGAAAAACAAUUUAAAGCUGAAGAAGCUAAAGAUGAUGAACUUGUUUUUUUUGGAUUAAAAACAAAUAAUAAUGGUUGGGAUGAAUUGGAUGAAAACAAUAAUAAUAAUUAUAAUGAAGAAAAUAAUGAUUUAAAUAAUGCUUUAAGAAGAGCAGAAGAAUUAAAAAUAAUUCAAAUAAUGAUUCAAUCACUUUAA